UCCCAGUAUAACUCCUCUGCAAUCCGCUAGUCACAGUUACAGGCACGCGCAGCUUACUGGUUUGCUUACUUUGUAACCCUGAGGUAAAGAUGUUUCUGGCUAAGAAGCUGAUUGGCGGGAUCAUCGAUGUGGUGAGCAACAUCGACCCCGGCCAGUUCGUCCCCUCCGAACCUCCUCCUCCUCGCAGACCGCUGGCGUACGUUCAGGCUAACGAGAACGAUGAGGAGAGACAGUUCCGCAAAGUCUUCCAACAGCUCGCUGGCGAUGACAUGGAGGUGAGCCCCAAUGAGCUGAUGAGCAUCCUCAACAAAAUCAUCUCUAAGCAUGCCGACCUGAAGACUGAUGGUUUUACAAUCGAGUCCUGCAGGAGUAUGGUGGCCGUCAUGGACAGCGACAGCACGGGAAAACUGGGGUUCGAAGAGUUCAAGUACCUCUGGAACAACAUCAAGAAGUGGCAGGCUGUCUAUAAGCAGUAUGAUGCCGAUCACUCCGGCGUGAUCGGAGCGGAUGAGCUGCCCAACGCGUUCCGAGCUGCAGGCUUCCCCCUGAGCGAUCAGGUCUUCCAGCUUAUCAUCCGCAGGUACAGCGACGAUAACGGCAACAUGGACUUCGACAACUACAUCGGAUGCCUGGUCCGUCUGGACGCCAUGUGCCGUGCUUUUAAAACGCUGGACAAAGACAACAACGGCACAAUCAAAGUGAACAUCAAAGAGUGGCUCCAGCUGACCAUGUACUCCUGAGCGACUCGCCGCGCCUCGAUCGCUAAACUGACGCACUGUACUCACCUUCUUCGCCACAACGUUAGCCAACGCCAAAUUAAACACAGCCUGCACAUCCCCAAAGCUCCCUUUUAUCGUAUUUUAUCCUAUCCUGCGUUUCUGCAUAUUUUGGAGUUUUUCCUAAACUAGAGUCAUUUAUAUAAAGGAAUAAGAGUUAGAGAGUUUAUUAAUCCUGUACAGCAUGGAUCAAAUCAGCAGCUGAUACCAGAGCAUGGAGACGACAGGGGGGGCCCCAAUGUGUGGCUGGAAAGUUAACCGAACAGGUUUAAUUUUUAUACGAAAUAAAAGUCUAUUCAAAUAAAUUCACAAAACUGUCCUUUUUUGCUUCUUUUUUAAGUUUUAAAUAAGAUUUAUGUUCCCGAGGUGAUCUGUGAGAGACACAUCUGUACCUACUGCUAACAGCUAGCUAGUCAAAGUGAACUUUAUUGUCAAUACUACCAUGCAAACAGAUCACUAGUUAUCACACAUUAUUUUUCCUUUCUACUAUAAAAGAAAAAUCUUUCUACUGUGGUGUUUGAAACUGAUCUCAAAUUAGGAAAUGUCUUCAGGUUUCUGGAUUGAUUAAUACCAAUAAAAUGGACAAAUUGA